GCCCCGCUGCCGCCGCUCGCGCCGCGUCCCUGGUACAACAGCUGACCUCAUUUCCCGACACCCUUUCCCCCUAAAAGUACAACAUCUGGCCCGCCCCGGCCCCGCAGACAGCCCGUCCUCCCUGAACAGUCAGAAGAGUCCCCCCCAAAACAAGCCAUCCCCCCGUUCUGCGCCGUCGCACGAUCGGCCCCGCGACGGGCAGAGCGGCGCUGGCAGAGGAGUGUCCGGCAGGAGGGCCCACGCCCGCUGUUCGGUUUGCGACAUGCAGCAGGGAGGUGGGCGCAGCUGUGCUGGCUUCCAGAUCCCGAUGGGGACCCCGACGAGGAAGCUGGCGCUGGUGCUGCUCUCCUUCUUGGCCCUGGCCUCGUGCUGCUUUGCUGCUCGCCGCCCCAGCGAGACCCUGUGCGGCGGGGAGCUGGUGGACACCCUCCAGUUUGUCUGUGGCGACCGCGGCUUUUACUUCAGCAGGCCAGCCGGCCGCGUGAGCCGCCGCAGCCGUGGCAUCGUGGAGGAGUGUUGCUUCCGCAGCUGCGACCUGGCGCUCCUGGAGACCUACUGCGCCACCCCCGCCAAGUCCGAGAGGGACGUGUCGACCCCUCCGGCCGUGCUCCCGGACGACUUCCCCAGAUACCCCGUGGGCAAGUUCUUCCAGUAUGAGGCCUGGAAGCAGUCGGCCCAGCGCCUCCGCAGGGGCCUGCCUGCGCUGCUGCGCGCCCGUCGUGGCCGCCUGCUCGCCCGGGAGCUGGACGCGCUCAGAGAGGCCCAGCGUCGCCGGCCCCUGACCGCCGCGCCCGCCCCGGAGCCCGCCCACGGGGCCGCCUCGCCCGAGGUGUCCCGCGAUCAGUGAGCCAAAGUGACCGCUCGCGCUCCUCCGCCCCUCCCGCCGGGCCGCCCACCAGGCCCACCUCCGCCCUCCCGUGCCGCCCAGCGCCCCCCGCCCCGCCCGACCUCCCCGCGCCGGGCUACCGCCACCGGGCUGCAGACCGCACCGUCCACCGUGCGCCCAUUGGCCUCGACCCAAAUCGCCCCCAGACUGCAGCCCAAAUCAGACAGCCCCUCGGAACUGAUUGGCUUUUUAGAAACACCAGAAAAGCUAAUUAGCCUCAAAAACACCGAAAAAGUAAGAUCGAUUGGCUGGAAACACCAAAACCGAAUUGGCUUAACGACAAUUGGCAAAAUAAGAUGAUUUGGCGCCCCCCCUCCCUUCUCCGCAGGAUCUCGGGUCAAAUUGGCCUGGACUUGAGUCCCCAAACAUCUAGGAGAAGGGCAGGACCCCAAUUGGCAGGACACGCAUCCCCGCCUCUCAGCCACCUCCCUCCCGGGCCCACGAGACCCGGCGGGGCGCGAAAACCCAGACACGUGCAGGUCUGAUUGGCACAGGACCCGCACCCCAAAAUCUUACAUCUUCACCCCCCAAACAGCCACACACACCUGACACACACGCACCCACACACACACUCACCACACACACUCACAUACACAACACACACGCACUCACGCACACACCACACACACACAUCACACACACAUGCACCCACACACACACUCACACACACCCACACACACACAUGCACCCACACACACACACGCACCCACACACACACUCACACACACACCCACACACGCACCCACACACACACUCACACACGCACCCACACACACACUCACGCACCCACACACGCACCCAUCCAUGCACCCACACACACUCCCCCCCCCCCCCACACACACACGCAUGAAAGCCACGGGUGUCGGACGAGACCGCGGAGCCCGCUCCGAGCUCCACCAAGUCCCUGUCCCACUCGAGGUCCCCCCGCCCAGUGCGCCCGCCACCCCUCCCCAGACAGGGAGGCCGCCUACCACCGCGCCCGCGAGGCCCGAGUGUGUCACCUGGAGAUGGCUGAGAGGCCGGCGUGUCCUGCCCGGUAGCCCGCCCCCUAGGUGUGCCCCCACAGGAACAUCGGGGUCCCCGAGCACACCCAGGGGUCAUCUUUGCCAGCCUCCUGGGGCCCCUGCUCAGAGCAGGGGCCCCAGGGGGCCGGCAGGGAUGGCGGGGAGUGUGGGAAGUCUGGUGGUUGGAGGGGUGGGUGG